AUGACACUGCAAAACGGCUUCCAGAUAUCUGCGAACUAUGUGGUGUCUGGCUUUAUCGGUCUUCUGGGGCUUAUAUCGUUCGACCUUGGCUACAAUUCGUGGCGAAACAAAGCUAAUGAGCGUUAUGUUGACGAGACUUUGGAAAAGGGCAGUCGACCUUAUUUAAGAGUGCCAAAAAACUAUAUUGUUCCUCGAUCUGAAGUUCUAAAAGACUUCCUGAAAAUUUUUGAACCAGGCCAAGCUGAGAGUACUUACACGGUUAUCUGUGGAGAGCACGGAACCGGAAAAACUGUGUUGAUCAAGAUUGCAGCGAAUAAAAAAUCUUUUGCAACGCGAAUGAAUGAGAAAAUCUUGGAUCCAAAAUCGACUAAUGAAAUACCUAAUUUCGUGUGGACAAAAAAUUUAAAAGCUUUUGAGCGUGCUGCCGAAGUACAAGGUGAAGUAUGGAAAACCACCGGUUCUUGUUUUGACAACAUCAGUCUUCUCGAUAGAAUGCAUCCAAGAAUUGUUGAUAUUCUUCAAGACAAUGCUAAGGAAUAUGCUGAUGAUUAA